UAUACAGAGGAACUAUUUAUUAGCUGAGGCUACUUCCUGAGGUGCUCUCCGGCUGUUUACACACAUGUGAAAAACACGUGGAUUUGAGGGUAGUCUUGUUUGCGGGUAAUUUUUUUUUUCGAAAAUGCCGCGUAGGGUAUUGUUUUUCCGGUGUCGGAAGACGAGACAGGUAACAUAGAACAUUUCCGACUGCGUUAUUCGGCAUUAAUUCUGCAAACGUAAAAGUUCGGGUAUGAUAAAAAAAAAAAAAAAAAAAAAAAGAAAGAAAGGCAGAAUUCAACAAAUAAAACGGAUAGAAUGGGAUUUAGAUGAUAGACAUAAGUAGAACUACAUUAGCCUGACGAGAUAUUCGCAGAAAUUCCUUCAAUAAAGUUGAUUUAUACCCCGUGAAUCGGUCUCGAAGCAGGUAGCCCCCUGUUUGUUUACAUGAUUUGUUGCACACCUUUACAUAUAUUAUAGCUAGUAUCUCACAAGUGGUCAUCUCAAAAACUUACAGAAGGUAGAAACUGAUUAUUCAGAACGACUUAUGGUGAUCGGUGGGGAAAUACUAGUAACAUAUUUUGUAUAAAUUAUUGGUUCUGUAUAAAAAUAAUUUCAUUCUAGAAAGGGAGUGUAUGUACAUAAGAUCUAUCCACACUUCAUGUGGUGCCUGUGUCUUCGACCGUGUUUGGGACAUUUAUAAAACGUACUAGAUAUACCGCUUUUUGGCAGGUGAAAACUCUAGUUCUGUAUGUUUGUACAGAAAGUUUUUUUUGUUUUUUGUUUUUUUUUUGUGUUUUAUGUUUCUAGGUUACAAACGUUAUAUUAUUAUAUGCAGCAUUAUGCAUUAUCGAGCUCUCCGGGCUCUCGGGUUUCGGUCGAACUACAUUUACUGCUUACUCACGAAUUCCUUAAAAUCUGAAUUUAAUGAAAAUAAAGCGUACCGCGUAUUUGUCAUUUAAGUUACCUUAAUCAUUCUAAUUCUUAAUGUCCGUUCCGUUCCGCGUUUUAGCACCACCCUGUGUAAAUACAUCGGGUUUGAUAUUCCGAGUACAAAAAAACAGGAAGCACAUGUAAACAAAGAAGUAAAGUUGUUUACAAACUGGAAGAAUAUUAGAAUGGCUCAAGAAGCACUGAAUCACAGAGAAAAAAUAGAGGAAGAUGAAGAAGACAGAGCUGCCAGUAUGGAGGAGGAGGAUGAAUCAGAAGAUGAAGUGGAAGGAGAGAAGCAGGGAUCAUUGGCAAAGGCAGCCAUCACUGGCAGAAGUGUUACAUUACAGAUGUUAAUAUCUGAGAAAAUAAUUGAGCCUGGUUCUGCUCUGCUCUCUUUGAAAUACCUGGGACGUAGAUUCAUUGCUGACCUGCUUCCAGAUGGCAUAAUCCAGAUGCCUGGAACGAAGGAGACAUUUACCUCACCAAGUGCUUGGGCAAUCCACUGCAAGAAACAAGUGAACCCUCACAAGAAAUCAGGAUGUGGUUGGGCCUCUGUACUGUACAAGGAAAGAAAGCUGGAUAUCUGGAAAGCAGCAUGGUUUCGAAAGCACAGAACAUCCAGUCCUAUCCGGAAUUAUCCGGAACCUUCCUUUUCUCAGUCGCCACGUUCUCCAUGGAGUUCACGAGAAGACACAAAUGAUUUACGGCUAGAAACUAAUGGGAAGCUGACUGUGUCGGAAUUGGCUGGGGAGCUACAGAUGGAGGACUCCAAGUCAUCAACAAUACCCCACCCUGCUCACACCAGUAUACCGAAUCAAAAUGGAAAAACUGAGGAAGAAAGAAUUCAUGAUGAAAAAGUGGGUAAUGGAUUUCAAGAGGAGGAUAUUUGUUUCUUCUCAUUAAAUUUGUCCCUAAAAACAUCAAAAUUACCCCAAAGAAAGGAAUCACAGACCCACUUUGAGUUGGACUUCACAGAAAGGAAUAACAACUACAGUGAGAAAAAGUGUAUCAAGCAUGCAGCUCUCAAAUCCCGCAGUCAGAGCAUUGACCCUUUGAUUCUUGUGGAAUGUGAGUCUUUCAAGGAAUUGGACAAAGUUCAGCCAUUUACUGUUUCUAUAGCAAGUAAUGCACUUCUGCUGAUGGAUUUCCAUUGUCACCUAACAUCCAGAGAAGUGGUUGGUUACUUGGGAGGAAAGUGGAACCAGAACACACAGCAUCUUACCAUAGUUGGUUCAUAUCCCUGUAAAUGCAGAGAAGCGGAUAGCAAAAAGGCAGCCAUUGUAGAAGAAGAGAUCCGCCAUUUAAUGAAUGCUGCUGGUCUGAUCCUGGUUGGCUGGUACCACAGUCAUCCAUUCUCUCAAGCUAACCCCUCUGUAAAGGACAUCGACUGUCAGAUGUCCUACCAGCUGUGUAUGAAAGGAUCAGGAUCUAAUUACUUCCCCUGUGUAGGAGUCAUUAUAGCGCCUUACAACAGACAGAGAAUAAAGAAAGAAUCUGCUUGCAGAAUGUACAUGGUUAUGCCGCCUCUAGAUGAACAGCCAUCAGAUUAUGGCAUACCCAUGAUUGUCAAGUUCUCCCUCCAGAAGAAUCUGUCUGUGACAGAGGAAUUGCUCAGUGAAAUGAAAGCUGUAACAGAUUUCUAUUUUGGUACACCUGACUGGCUGAAGUUCCGACAGUCAUGGCAACCAACGAUUACCUACCUGGACAAACUGAAGGGAUCUCUUGCCACCAAGCUACCAGAAGAUCAGAUGGAGAAUGGAACUUUCUUGGAAUUUGUUCAGCAUUUGAUUCUCUCCAAAUGAAUUCGCUACAAUGUUUGGAUCAAUACUUAACAGACACCAAAAUGAUAAAGAUGAUAAAGUUGGUUGUGUAACUUAUUUUUAAAACAGAGUGAUUUUACAUGCAUUCACAUGCUAAUUUGGUGAAAAGUAAACUAAGCACAUUGUAUAUUAUGAUAAAUUCUAACUGUUCUAUAGAUUUGUCUUCCCAGUAUUGAAUUUUAGUCCCCUACUGGUGGAGCCAAAUGGGUCUACUAGUUUGCACUCCAUCUGUACCUCCAUCUGUCACAACUUAGUUGAUUAAGGAAGAUGAGAUGUUGUGCAUUGUAUGCGGUAUACUGUACUGUGUGUUUACAUAUCAAAGUUUAAGUUUUGUGACAGUUAAGUGAUUCUUAGGAGAUUUAUGGGAUUUUGUGCCGAAUGUGUAUGAUCAAAAAAAGAAAUGCAUAGUACAAUUUCGUAAAGUUUUAAGACAUGAGAAAUACUUGAUAAUUGAUUUAUUGAAAACACAAAAAUGAUGUAAACGCUGGGUUAAUAAUCAAAGUAUCACAGCUACUAAUGAUAAUUACAGUCAUUAACAGUUCAAGGUCACCCAAGUUCAAUAUCUAGUGUGCCCUCUAUGACCACCAAUGACUACCUGACAACAUCUUCCCAUGGACACAAUUAAGUCUUUGAAACUGUCUAGGGAUGUUGUUCCACUCUAACUGCAGAGCUUGGGCCAGUUAUUGCAGAGUCUGGGGCUGUGGUGGUCUUGGCGGAUGCGCCUAUUCAGUUCGUCCCAUGCAUGUUCGAUAGGGUUCAAAUAUGGUGAUUUGGAUGGCUAAGGAAGAACCUUUGCAGAACAUCACGUGUUAGACGAGCAGUAUGGAGUCUGGCAUUGUCAUGUGUUGCUGUAUGACUUCAUCAAUAUACCGUUGAACCGUCAAAGUAACCUGCAUGUGAGCCAUUGUUAUCCUGCCUGUAUAGGAUAUUGCUGUCCUCAUCAUAACACCAACUCCUCCAAUCGGGUCAGCCUCCUGGAUACAAUUUUGCGCAAAACAUUCAUUUUAACGCGUAUACACUCUUGAGUCUUCCAUCAGGCUUCUACAGUCAAUAUCAAGAUUCAUCGCUGAACCAAACUGUCCGUCAGCAUUUCUAUGGCCGUACUCAAUGAGCCUGAGACCAUUGAAGUCGGCAAUGUUGCAGAGUCUGAACAAUGUCACGAACAGGUCUGCACGUUCUAAUCUCAGCAUUGUCGAUUGCGAACAGUCUGAUAUGAUAUUCUGCGAAUCCUGGGAAUGGCAGAUGCUGUAGAUGAUGCUGUUGUGAAUGAUUGAUGUAUGCCACAUGACACAAUUGGAUUCAGUGAUCCUAUGCUGCUGUUCUAUGACGAUCAUUUGUUGAACCAUACUGUUGAUUUCUGCUCUAAAGGCAAGAUAUGGUGCUUUGUGCAACAUUGAAAUCUCUUGCAACUGCAAAUUGUGACACACCUGCUGGCAGUUGUUCAAUUGUGUUGUUGCGUUGAGCUUCAAUUGGGUACUGCGUUUCUCAAAAAGCAGUUACAUUUAAAGACAACAUAAUCAAAUACCGAGAACCUGUGCAUUUGAUAGACUACUGGUGCCUGAAUCAUGUGCAUUAGGAACUUGCAACAAUCGGGAGUUACAGAAACCGAUUUUAGUAAUCGGGCAAUUCAUUUUAGACCCAAAAAAGAGAGAAAAUGUAUGAAAUAAUUAAAUGUACUUGAAAAGAUUUAGCGAAAUAAUACUACUAUGCGUUUCUUUUUUAACUCCCUGGGACGACUGUCCGGAGAGCUAUUGUCAUGACACCGGUGUCGUCGUCACACUUUCAGGAAAAAAACUUUAUCCUGCGCUAUAUCUUUUGAACCAAAGGGGAUAGGGUUUUGAUAUUUCACAUAUAGAUGUCUCAUGAAGAUACCUUAGCUUUGGUAUGAAGACUUUUGACCUAGUGACCUUUACUGUGGACUUUGACCUACUUUUCAAAAACUUUAACCUGGGCUAUAUCUUUUGAACCAAUAGGGAAAGGGCUUUGAUAUUUUACAUAUAGAUGCCUCAUGGAAAUACUUUUGUUUUGGUAGAAGACAUUUGACCUGAUGACGUUAGCCUUGAACUUUGAUCUACUGUUCAAAAUUUUUAACCUUGGCUAUAUCUUUUGAACCAAGGGGAUAGGGAUUUGAUAUUUCAUACUUAGAUGCUUUAUGACGAGGCCUUUGAUAUGGUUUCAAAUAUUUUGACCUAGUUACCUUGGACUCUGACCUAUUUGUCAAAAACUUUAACCUGUUGAACUAUAGGUUAAGUAGAUUCAUGCUUCCCGGCGAGAUAUCCUGUCUUCUGACAACUCUUGUUAUGCCCCCGUCACAAAGUGGUCGGGCAUAUAUAGUUUCUGUCCUUCCUUCGGUGAUACCAAGUUUUCUGGACUUUUUUUCUAAAUACUUUGAGAUAUUGAAUUGAUUUUUUUUUUGUAUGCGGGUGUAUAUUGAUAAGUUACAUAUCGAAAAUGAGUUUUGUUCAGGUUCAUUGAAUUUUGAUGGAGUUGUGCCCCUUUAACGUAAAAAAAAUUACUGUUAUGACCAGUUUCCCGGACUUUUUUCCAAACGUCUUGAGAAAUUGAACUGAUAUUUUUGUAUGCAGGUGUAUAUUGAUGAAUUACAGAUUGAAUUUGAAUUAUGUUCCAGUUCGUUGAUUUUUAUGAAGCCUUUUAUAAAGUAUGUAUUUAUUCUAUGGCUGUUAAAACAUACAUGUAUAAAGUAUUGUGUAAUGAGUUCUUCAUUGUACUAAAUACGUGUAACAUACAAUCUGAAUGCCACAUUCAAUGCUAUACUUUGAUGGAUUUCCUACAUUCGACUUUACUGCAGGUGGGGUUUCAUGUCAUGCCGACACUUCUAGGUUUUUUUUUACCAGUAUAAGUUUUCCAGACUUUUCUUUAUAAUGCCUUAACUUAGGAAUCUAAAAGAAGAUAGUCGGUUAUCGAAUGAGUAGGUACAAAUUAGGUUUCUUUUCCAUUAAGUUGAAUCAUUCUAACAAAAAUUGUAAAACUCGGUCUCAUGGUUGAUUGAAUUAAUCCUUGUACUCUGUCUAGUUAUCUGCAUAUUUUUAUUGUGUGAGUUGGUCUAUAUAUACAAGAGAUCGAAAUGAGAAUAUUUCCUGGUAUUAAAAAAUAAUAUCCACCCAAUCAUUCAAAAAUAUGCUAUUAUAGAUUUUUCAUUUUUUUUAUUCAAACACACAAGAGAUCUAGACAUCUCGUGGCAACAGAAACGCAGAUAGAAAGUUUAGAAUGUUGAAGACGCUGGGUAGAAGUGAACAUGUUGAUCAUUAUAUGCUUCAUUGUUCAGAAUACGGGAGUUGACUGAGGAUACAAAUGAAGAGUUGUUCGAUGUAAUGAUAAAGACAAUUUCAUUUGCAGAUGAUGGUUGACAUGUUUUAAAUAUCAAAAUGAAAGAAAAUGCAAAAAAGCAAUUAUAGUUGAAAUUUCAAGACCAGACAUGGUCCCGACAUUAUAUAUAGACUUAUCAAAUUCUAUUUUCCUUUUUUAUUAUUAUUAUUAUUGUUGUUGUUGUUGUUAUAUUUUUAUUAUGCAUAAACUGCUGAUAUCAAGAUUAUUCACGUAGAAUAUUGUGCAAAUGAAUUGACUUCAGAACUGCACAGAUAAUAUGACACAAAAGACUUGACUUGGGACCGGAAAGGGACAUGUAUUACUAUGCAAUACUUACAGAAUGCUUGUUUUUAUCAAUAUACCUAUAGUUAUUUUGACAUUGUACAUGUAUCACACGUGUAAAGGAUGUGUAAAAAUGA